UCACAGACUCCUGCUAUAUGAAGACAAGUAGCUUUCAGCAAGACUGUGACCCAGCUCAGUCACAGCGAAGCUCUUGACUGCAGACAGCUCUGUAGGAACACUCGAAGUGGUUCUGGUUGGACUCUGAGUAUCUACAACAUGCGGACCCCACCGCCGAUGAUCAUCGGGAUUGUCAGUGCUCCUGUCGGGCUGGUCUUGGUGUUUGUAGCUGUCUUGACCCCGCAGUGGCGCCAGGGGCCCAUUAACUUGGGGAAACACACAGCCGUAAAGUCUGAUGGUCUGUGGGAGUCGUGCCUGGAACUGCAAGACACUAAACAGUGCUGGCCGGUGACCACAGUGUACCAGCGGGACGAGAUUGUGCAGUGGUCCAGGGCCCUCAUGCUGAGCUCCCUCCUGGUAUGUGGAAUGGGGAUCAUUGUGGCCAGUGUAGGGAUACGCUGUUGGAUGGACUUUCCCCUUCGAAAUGUAGCUGGGGCCAGUGGAGUUGUCAUUAUCCUGGCUGGAUCUCUGUGCAUCACCCCACUCACUCUCUACAUGACCUCCAUGCAGAAAAUCAACCCCGACACUCACACCCAGUAUCAGAGUGGGAGCUCGCUGUACUUUGGUUGGGCGGGAAGUUGUAUUGAGAUCUUUGGAGGAAUAGCCCUUGCCCUGAGCUUCACCUGUCCAACGUUUCAGAGAUGCAGAGAGUCAGGACAAAAUGCUAAAAGAUCCUAUGAGCUCAUCAGUUAUAAAAAUAUUGGCGAUGGGAAAGAAAAGACCAAUGGAUUCCAAUCGGCCAAGCUAGACCACAACAAGAGUGAGAGAUCCCAGACUGGGGGAGGGACGGCGCACAUCCAGGAGCACGCUCCCUUUGAGGCGGAGGCAGCCAAGGUGGCAAGGGAGGACAAGGGUUGCUCCUGUGACAAAGUUUUCCCCAGAUACAGGCUGCAGCUGCCUUCCCUGACCAUGACUGUUCCAUUUGCAGCCCAGUACCAAGUCAGCCAUCCCCAGGGCCACCAGCUCUCUGCUUACCGCAGCAGGGUGCCCACCGCCUCAGAGCAGGGCAAGAAUAAGUUGGUCUGCAGCCAUGCUUUAAACCUCGUAUGGGUGGAGUACAAACCUGAUAUGGAUUCCAUUAUCUGGAUGCUGGCACCAAAGCACUUUUCCUUUGUGGCUGUGAAGGAACUGAUUGAGGAAGAGCAGGAGACAAAGACCAAUAACAAUCAGAAUCAGAUGACAUAA